GUUUUGCCCAACAAGCGCCCGGUCCACCCAUUUUGGACGCUCCUUGGACCCAUUCGUGCGCCGUGAUCUCUUCCAAGUAUACCGUCUCUUUCUCGCCCGAAACCAACCUAUCACUUUGGACCUCAUUCCAGGCCUCUUAUUAUUAUACAUAAACCCCCACUCACCUUCUCGAUCGAUAUCCGUCCAGAGAGUGCAAGAGUGUACCUACCCGCACCAUGACCGAAACGUAUGCCUGUCCUUGCCUGAACGUUAAGGUCACCAUUGCUCGGUCGCCCGACCAGCCACCGGUCAACAUUAGCGAAAUCGUUUCCGUCGAGCACUUUCCUGUCACAAGUGGAAUAAAAGCACAGCUGGGUCUGGGCGGUAUCCGUGUGGCACAUCCGUUACUCGUAAAACAUACACUGCUCGAAAAUGCGUGGUUGGAAGUACGAUGCAUGAACUGCUCGUGUGCUGCUUAUUUCAUCAGAGUCGAUCCCGCUUCACAUCACACUCUCUCGGAUCUGGCAGCCCAUAGUAGUCCCGACGGGUCGGUGAUUUUGGGACACGAUACUAUUCAUGGGGAAGGGAUUCAAGAGGCAAAGGAGAAAGCGACGUACAGCGAAUCCUGUCAGAUUGUACUGACGACGAAUCAUGUAAAGGCCGAGCAUUCACCCGAGGAGUAUGGCCUGUCAGAUGCGUACAACACCCUGCAAGCCAGCAUGAAGCGACACAUGGAAUCCCAACGGAUAAAAAUGGAAGAACGCAUAGCUGCAUACCGAAAAGAACAGCAGGCGCAACUAGACCGUGAGCAUGAACGUGUGCGGCACGAAACCGAAAUUCUUUGGGCACAGAUUUGCGACUUGCACAAGGAGCGAUUGCAUAGACAUUCGAUGAGCUUGGUGGGAGGUUCUGGGCGAGGGGAGGGCAACGGAAGGGCGAUGAGUCCGAAUGGGCUGUUUAUACCCGAUAGCCAACCGAUAACUGUUGGCUCGUUUUAUCAGAGAUCUGAUAUCACUUUACCGCCGCCGCCGAUGUCUUCUUCCGUAGGGGGCCGACGGAGGAGCGGGAUGGGAGGUGGAUUGGGAAUCGGACAGGCAGACCGUCGCAAAUCCUCACCGGCUGUCACGCCAUCUGGCACAUCUCCGUCUCAAAACAAGACGCAGACGAUGGAUAUACCACCUGAGGAUGAUGCUACUUCGGCGGGUGAAGGGGAAGCAGAUGGGACACAUGCGCGAAAGGUCCGAUUUGGUCAGGUGUCGCUGACGGAGAUCAACACGAACGGCAUUGACAAUGGCGAUGAGAUGGACGAGGAUGAGUCGAGCUUGGCGUCCCCAGACGGCGAUGCCAUCUUCGACCUAGACGGCUUCGAAGAACCCGCCAAACCCCGCUACGCCGAUGCCAUCAUGUCCGAAGCCGACGACGACGACGACACCGACGUACUCCCAGACUCACCCACCCAAGCCCCCGAACCCUCCCCGCGCCCGCUAUUCUCCUCCUCCCUCCCCAUCCGGAUCCCCUCCAUGGGCGGCCGCAGCAGCAGCGGCGGCUUCAAACCCCCAGCCGCCAUCGCCGAAGAACAAUCGGAAAUGGUAACAGAGACCAGUGAAGCGCAAGCGAGCGCGGUGGACUGGACGACCGACCCUAUUGAGCGGCAGCAGCGGCAGAUGUUGUUGCAGAUGGGUGUUGACCCGGAUGCGGAGGUAGAUGAGGAGUCGUUUGUCGCGCCUCAUAUAUUCACCGCGCGCACUUUCACGGAGGACUAUUUGCUCGCGCAGCGGCCGCAGAAGAGUCGGAAGACCUCGUUUGCUAUCUGAACGCUGCGUUCAAGCCGCCACUUGCACGUCCCUACGAGCCACCCACGGUGCCGGACGAUACGGCGAUCGCUUGUUUCCUUCUUUUGGGUGCUCCCUUGAUUUUGUCAAUCCUACGCUUUCGCCUUCAAGUGCCUCAUCAGCUUGUACCCCGCCAUUAUGUAUAUCCAAACCUCGAGAAAGUUUUGAAACCACUGUAUAUACGCAGAGUGGUAGACACGUUUCCCAAGUUCGUGAAAGCGGGAAUGUAAAAGGUUCAAUUAAUCUAUUCUGCUUCCCCAUCCUUCCGAUUUUGUGCCGUUUCUUUGUUCCCCAUCGUGUUUGCUACCUCUAGUUUAGUUUCCCAUCAGCCUUUAAUGUCUCAAAUCUCCACCGUAGUAUGAGAGAAUACCCAAUGGAAGCCA